AUGUGGGCUACCAACGCCGCCGCCGGCCGGAGGUCCGGUGUUGGGCUGACCUGCCUCUGCACGCUGCUGCUGCUCGCCGGGGACCUCCCGCAGGCAGGGCAGAGUGCCUACAUCAACCUGACGGCACUUGGCAGGUCCGCGUCCAUUCCGCUGUCCAUGGAUGACGACUCGCCCUACCUGAGAGAUCUCUACUGGCCACUUAACGACUCGUGGCAGCUCGCUGGCUUCGAUGGCGCAGAGGAUGGACACCUCAUCGGUGACUUCCUGGGCGAGUUCCACUCGACACCGCGGCCUCUGCUGAGACAGCCCUCCGGUCCUCCGGAGCCGGAGUUCGACUCCGGGCUGGUAACAAACGUGACGGCGCAGCUGGGAGCCACGGCCUACCUGCACUGCCGCGUCAAGAACUUGGGUGAGCACGCGAUCUCUGCACAAGUCUCGUGGGUGAGGAGGCGCGACUGGCACAUCCUGUCCUCGGGACUCUACACGUACACCAACGACGACCGCUUCCAGGUAACCAGCUUCAACAACCGAGAAGACUGGACGCUGCAGAUACAAUACGUCCAGAAGAGGGACAACGGCACUUACGAAUGUCAGGUGGCGACGGACAACGGCCUGAUGUCGCACUACUUCAACCUACACGUGACGGUGCCAACAGCGUUCAUCCUGGGCAACGGGGAGUACCACAUCGGGGAGGGCAGCACCAUCUCUCUCGUGUGCAUAAUCGAAAAUAGCGAGACGGCGCCGCGGCCGGUGCUGUGGUGGCACAACGAGCGGCCGCUCGACCAGAGCGGCGUGGCCGGCGUGUCGGUGAUGACGGAGCCGGGCCCGCGCACGCACUCGCGGCUCGUCGUGUCGCACGCGACGCGCGCCCACUCCGGCAACUACACGUGCGCCGCGCCCGACACCGAGCCCGACACCAUCAACGUGUACGUCUCGCAAGGUGACAACACAGCAGCCAUUCAGAAGCAAGAAGCAUCCGCCGGGUUUCAUCCUUCGCCG